CCCGCGGCUGCUCUCGGACCCUGAUCGCGGGAGUGCUCAAGUUGCUGCCUCUCUGCCUUCCAGUUGUCACCUGCAGUCGUAGACACCUACAAUGCUAGGGAAAAGGAAGCGUGUGGUGUUGACCAUCAAGGACAAGCUUGACAUUAUUGGGAGGCUUGAGGAAGGUGUUUCUUUCAAGAAGCUUUCUGUGUUGUAUGGCAUUGGUGAAUCCACUGUCCGUGACAUUAAAAAGAACAAAGAGAGGAUAAUAAAUUAUGCCAACAGCUCAGAUCCCACCAGUGGAGUCUCCAAACGCAAAUCAAUGAAAUCUUCCACCUAUGAGGAACUUGACAGAGUCAUGAUCGAGUGGUUCAACCAGCAGAAAACAGACGGGAUCCCUGUGUCGGGUACAAUCUGUGCAAAACAAGCCAAGUUCUUUUUUGAUGCUUUAGGGAUGGAGGGGGAUUUUAAUGCAUCAUCUGGUUGGCUGACUCGAUUCAAGCAACGUCAUGGCAUUCCAAAGGCUGCUGGGAAGGGAGCAAAAUUGAAAGGAGAUGAAAAUGCUGCCCGGGAGUUUAUUGGUAGUUUUCAGGAAUUUGUUGAGACAGAAAAUCUACAACCAGAGCAGAUUUAUGGUGCUGAUCAGACCGGGCUGUUCUGGAAAUGUCUACCAUCAAGGACAUCAGGUUUUGAUGUGGAGCAGAAUACUUCCAGUUAUAGGUCAAGCAGAGAGAGAAUUAUUAUCAUGUGUUGUGCUAAUGCCACGGGUUUACACAAGCUUAAUCUUUGUGUGGUAGGAAAAGCAAAAAAACCCAGGGCAUUCAAAGGAACAGAACUGUCAAGUCUUCCUGUCACUUACUUCAGUCAGAAAAGUGCUUGGAUAGAACAUUCUGUUUUCAGACAGUGGUUUGAAAAACACUUUGUGCCACAGGUACAGAAGCACUUGAAAUCCAAAGGACUUACAGAAAAAGCCGUGUUGCUUCUGGAUUUCCCCCCAGAACAUCCGGGUGAAGAGCUAUUAUGUUCCCAUGAUGGCAGAAUCAUUGUGAAACAUUUACCACCAAAUGUCACAAGUCUAAUUCAACCUAUGAGUCAGGGAAUUUUAACCACUGUUAAAAGAUACUACCGGACAGGCCUUCUCCAGAAAUACAUGGAUGAAGGGACUGACCCAAAAAUGUUUUGGAAGAACUUAACAGUGUUGGAUGCAAUUUAUGAGGUAGCAAGAGCUUGGAACAUGGUUAAAUCGAGUACUAUUACCAAAGCAUGGAAAAAGCUCUUCCCUGGCAAUGAAGAGAAGUCAGGUAUGAGUGUUGAUGCAGGAGCCAUUUUAGCAGCAAAUUUAGCAACAGUUUUACAGAAUACAGAAGACUGCAAUCAUGUUGACAUUGAGAAUAUUGAUCAGUGGUUUGAUUCUCAGAGUAAUGACUCAAGCUCUCAGGCAUUAACUGAUAAUGAAGGUGCUGAUGGUCUGACCAAAUCUGCUGAGGAAAAGCCUUCCAAUAAGACAAAGAAAACGGAACUGAAUCCAGAGAAGCAUAUCAGCCAUAAAGUUGCACUUGAAUGGACUGAAAAUUUACUGAACUACCUAGAACAACAAGAGGACAUGCUUCUGUCCGAUAAACUGGUAUUGCGGAGGCUUCGAACUAUAAUAAGAAGAAAACAGAAGAUCCAAAUUAAUAAAAGUCACUAAUUCUGCUCUUCAGGGAUUCAGAGUAUUUGCAUAAUUGAUUUGACAUUAUCUGUGGUGGAAUUUAAUUAUGUUUUUUGAAUGCUGUGUAUUCCAAGCC